AUGAGCCUGAUCGGAAUUUCAGCUUCAAUAGAAACCGAGGAUUCACAACCAACCUCGUACAGUGCCCUCUACAACGCCCACCAACCUCCGCGGCUCUCCCCCGAGGCUCAGCGACUCUUCUGGACUCUCGACGGUCCCCUGUCCGAAGCCGUCUGGAUCAUGAACACCAAGCGCGACCCGAGCUCUCUCGAGCCGUACUCUCAGGGCGACACCUGGCACCCGUUCUCACGGGCGCCGCUCACGGAGCCCAAGGUCUCGUCCAUCACCGUGCGCACCAACGAACUACACGAAUGGGAUGACAUGUGCUUCAGAACGCACCGCGAACACAGAGACCCCAGCUGUGACGACGAGGACGAGUCCCUCUUCGCCCUUUGGGGAGACCUACUCUGCUACGAUCCGGAGGAGGACGAGGAGGGAGCAACUCAUCUGCUGGGAGAGGCGUGGUGCACCCCUGGCUCCUAA